ACGUCCGUAUCUGAAUGAAUCUUUUCUGAGAGCCAGGCACAUUCCGAAUGACCCUACCGCUCCUCCUUUCAAUCCACAAGAUGUAGUAGUGCCAAACUACGAUCUUCCUGAUGAAGUCAUAAUGAAGACUUCCAUUACACCAGAUUGA